CAUAGUGUUUUUAUGCUAUUUUUUUUUCUCAUUCCCCACAGUGCUCUUUCUUUAAAGGCAAGUUCUCAGCUGGUAGAAGCCCAUAUAGCCAGGAAUUGAGACAUCUAUUUAGUGCCUGGCCAUGAUCUGACCCUGUGUUUUUGUAUGUUCUCUCUUUUCACAAUUAGCUCCCUCCUUCACUGUCCCGCCAUGGGACCCACAGGAAGCAUUUCAGUUCAGGUCCAGCUCUUCCUUGUCUUUCUGGGUCUCUGAUCUGAUAUUUCCUUUUCCAUUCUUCAGCCUUCGGUUUUCUGUUUUCUGUUACUGUACGUUUCUUCUUUAUAUCCAUUUGCCAAGUCCUACCUGAUACAACUUUUCUUUCCUUAUGUCUUUCAGUGUAACGGUUGGGGAACUGGUGGGAAAUGUGAUGCUUUACUCACAUCCCUUCUGUCAGCGAGGCAGCCAUGUGACUCCAGUAAUCGUAGUGAAUCAGCCCCAUAGGCCUGGGCUAGUCACAAAGAAUUCUGGAUUCAUCUUUUGCUUCCCUCGUUUCUUCCUGUGCUGACCCCCAGAAGCUGGAGCAGUCACCUGCCGCUUGCUGUCACACUGUGCCAUGUGGGUCCCUGUGAACCCACAAGGUGUUUGGCACGGAACAGACAAAGACCGGAGAAGAGGGCAUUAGCAGAGAAGAGAAAGGCUUCUGUUGAUGUCUCCCUGAUGAGAUUAAUUUUCUUUUUUUCAUCUUUCUUGGCAGGAUCAGAAUCCUGGACUUGUUGCCAGACUUCAGGAGCCGGGCUCCGUCCCAAGUGGAGGCUCUGUGCCGGCACCAGCCACGGUGAAUGGGUACACGAUGAGGAACCAUUUACUGAAGCAGCAAAUAAUGAAACGACAGCUGAUGCAGGAAAAGCAGAGACAAAACAUGCUGGGAGUAACAUCUGAGCAGAGGAAUUUGUUUGCAGCUCAGCAGAUCAAUCAGUUUCAAGCUGUGCAGCAGCCCAUUCCUGCUGACUGCAGCCAGCCAAUGCCGGCCCCUCCGCCCAACCACCACAUGCUGCCAUCGAACCCAGCCAUGCUCCAGAGCACUUUGGGUGCCAGCAUUACCCCAGUCACUGCCAGCCAGAGCAGCGGAACGAUGGUGAUGAUUCCACACAACCCUGGCAAACAGCAGGCGGUUUUUCCACCUAAUUCCGACUUUAACAUCCCGCUGCGGCCGAGCCAGAACUCACUGGCCAUGAACUCAGGGUGCCAAACUGUACACAGCCACGCAGCGGUGCAGCCGGGCAUGCCGAUGGCUGGCUUUAGUUCUGGCUCCUUGGUGAAUCACUCAGCAGCUCAGCAGCACUUGAGACAGCCGAGUGUGCCAAGAAUCCCCAACGUCUAUCCCAGCUCCUCUGCCCAGAUGUGGACGCCGACUGCGGUGCCAAGAAUGCCAAAUCAAAGCCAAAUGGACACCAGCAUGCAGCAGUUCUCAAGUAACGCUCUCUUCUCCAAACAGAACGUGCGACCAAGUGCAUCGGGUCAGCAGUUUUCCCAGCAGGCUGUAGUGCCGCCUAACCAGAUUGCUCCUGGAGUCCAGGUCAGACAGAUGCAGAAACUAAGCAUGGGACAGUCUGGCCAGGGCUUGAGCUCAAUGAGUAAUCAGAACUUGAGACACAGUUUAACCAGGGGACCGCUGCCAGCUAUGAAUGUUAUGAAAUCGAUGCCACAGGGAGUGUCCAGCUUUAACCAGCUCAAUCCCUCCGCAGGCCUCGGCCCACCAAGCUACCCCACUGCGGGGCAGCCGCCCGACGCCUUCAGCAGGAUGAGCGCAGCUGCCGAGCUGCCGCAGUAUGACUUCGUGCCCCAGCACAGCAGCAACGUCCUGCCCGCUAACUGCAGUGACACUGACUUCCUUGACUCGCUCAUGAAGAGCAGCAGCAGCAACGACGAAGAGUGGUUGAACAAUCUGACAAUGAUAGAUGACAUUUUGGGGCAGCACGCUCAGAGCUCCGGACAUGUGUAGCGUGGAGGGAAGCAGUCGCUUUGUAAAUACCGUACGCGUGACUUUUAAACGCGGCUCGUGGCCCGUGAGAGCUGCCACUUCUUUCAGUACAGAAUGAAUGGACUCAGCCAAUUCUUUGCCUGCAUCAAAGUUUAAUAUUGGCAGUUUUUCAUAUCAGUGUAUAUAUUUGAAUAUUUUGUAAAUUAUGUUUUCCUAAACCUUAAAUGUAGAAGUAUUUAUACUUCUUUGCUGGUCUAUUUGUAAAUAAAUCUAUAGCAUAACUUUUGGUUUUAUUAUAGGGAUUUCAUUAUACCUUGUUAUAAAUAUGCAAAUAAUAUUGUUAGUUUCAGUAAUACUGUGUAUUACAGCAUAAAAUACUUAUGUUUUUGACAUAACUUAACACAUGAACUAGGGGUGUCGUCGCAACCAGACUAUGCAGAAACCAAGAGUGGCAUCUGUUCUCCCGCAUCAAGAGAAAAGAUCGAAAAGUCGCAUUAAAAACAAACCAAUACAUGUGAAAGGAACUGCUGAUUGACUCAUAGCUCGAUCCUGCAGCCUCAGAGCGGGGUGUGGGUCCGCCCGGGGCCCCCAGCACAGUCAGGAACCUGCCGGCAGGGAUCCGCUGCGGGAUCAGGGGAAGUCCUCCGCCCGCUACGCUCCGGUAUGCUGACUUGACAUUGACAGUGCACCUCCCGUUGUCCUGCAGUGAGGGUGCACUUGUGAUGUGGCGGCUGUUGACAGGCGCGUGUGUGUGUUUGUGUGUGUGUGUGUGUGUGUGUGUGCACCGCAGCCGGCUGAGGGGCAGCACGUGGUGACGCGGGUAAGGCGACGAUGCCGGUCUGACAUCGCCAAGGUUCCCUGGCCGCCGUGUCCUUCGGUUCUGGUUUGCACACCUCUGCCGUGUAUUUUUGUAGCGUACAGGUGAUUUGUUCCUGGUUUUAAGGCUUUUCAUAAUUUCUGUUUUAAUGUGAGACUUUUUUCAGGGGAAAAGUCUAUAAACAUGAAUAGUUAAUUUUUGAUGUUUUUCUGUCAGCUACUAUACUGUCCUAUGUAUAUUUAAGAGUCUGUUUAUAAAAGAUUCGCUGUACUGUAAACUUAAAAUGUUCAUACUUUGUGUAAUCAUAUUUUAAUAGUCACAUCAUACUUCGCAAUACAUUUGUAAUAUAACGUCAGCUUCAAGCACAGAAUGUUUUUUUCUUCAUACUAUAAUAAACUGCCGGGGGAAAAUUGUGUA